AUGGCACAGGUACAGACCGCACCGUUCUUUGUGCAUGAUCUGCCAUUGAAGGGGACCGGAAAUGGCUUUCAAGAUGCCCAGGCAGAUCAAAGUAUACCGAAGAUUCUCGAGAUGACUAUCGAUCGACAGAAAGUGGUUGCUAGAGCUCUUAAUCAAAAGAUCACUAUCCCGGAUAUUCUCAGCUUGAUGCCGGCCUGGCCAAGCGAGUUUCAGCCAGAUAUUGAUGAGAUCAAUAUCGAGAUUGACGACUGGCUGAAGACAGUUAAUGUUGCGGAAAAGAAAAAGUCAAAGCACCGAGCAAGGGGAAAUUAUACCCUCCUCACUGCUGUGUACUAUCCCCACUGCAAGAAAGAGAAGAUGCUUGUGCUAUCUAAGUUCCUGUACUGGAUCUUUUUCUGGGAUGACGAAAUCGACACUGGUGGCGAGCUCACUCAUGAUAGAGAGGGCACUCUGCAGUGUUGUGCUGAGACAAACAAAUGCAUUGAUGAUUGCCUAGGACCCAACCCCAACUUUAAACCACCACCUCACUCGCGGGGCACUGUUGAGAUGUUUUAUCCUAUCCUUCAAGAACUUCGUGCUGGACUUGGCCCCGUCUCAACGGAGCGCUUGCGACUGGAGCUCCAUGACUACGUGAAUGGCGCAGCUAAUCAACAGCGUGUGAGGGAGAUGGACCAUCUACCCAACCCAUGGGACCAUCUGCAGAUGAGAGCCGACGAUGUGGGUGUGAUUCCGAGCAUUACGCAAAACGAAUUUGCUAUGGAGUUUGAACUGCCCGAACAUGUCCGGAGACACGAGGCAAUGGAAGUUAUCAUCCUCGAAUGCACGAAACUCACUAUCCUUCUGAAUGAGAUCCUGUCCCUGCAAAAAGAAUUUCGCGUUUCACAACUUGAGAACCUGUGCUUACUAUUCAUGAACACCUACGAUCUUUCGGUGCAUGAAGCGAUUGACAAAGUGCUGGAACUUAUUAGAGAGCACUACCAGCUAUGUCUCGCGGCUGAGGCUAGGCUCCCAUGGAGCAAGGACGAUGAAAAACUCAAUGAGGACAUUCGCGAGUAUAUUCGAGGUUGCCAACGACUGGCUACUGGUACGGCGUGUUGGAGCUAUCGUUGUGAGAGAUAUUUUAAACUGAGUCAAGUAAACGAGAAGCAGGAAGUUGUUCUGGAUUUGUGUUUCGAAUGA